GGUGGGGGGGUUGUGAUCCGCGAGAGGGGGAGGCUUUGAGAAGAGGCGCAGGACCCGCUCCUUUCGUCCGGAAUUAGUCCUGCUCGCUCUCAUUCUCGCCGCUCGGUCGGGAUGUACGCUUGAUGCACCUUUGCAUUAUUCGACACCAUCCGUCCAAUCCCGAAGAUUUUUCUUGAGAAGGAGGCAGAGAAGGACAAUGCUGUCUAAAGUCCUCGUCCUGUACUUCCUGUACGGAGUGUCGGUCUACAGCCAGAUUCCUUCGUGCCAUCAAAAGCCCGAGUGCCCGAUUGACUUGUUCUUCCUCAUCGAUACGUCGGAGACUAUCGCCCUACAGGAAGAUCCUCCGGGAAGCCUGGUGGAGAGCGUCAAGGAAUUCACCAUCACCUUUGCCCAGAAGCUGGAGAAUGUGGACUACAAGGACCGGGUGAAGAUCAGCUGGUCGGUGGGGGGUCUUCACUUCUCCAUGAGGCAGAAGCUCAUCAGCGCUCUCGAUAGCAAGAACAAGUUCAUCGAGAAACUGAGGUCUAUCCAGUACCUGGGCAAGGGCACGUUCAUCGACUGCGCCAUCACGAACAUGACCACGGAGAUGCUUCGCACGCCGUCCAAACCCAAUGUCAAGCGCUUUGCCGUCGUCAUCACGGACGGUCAUGUGACAGGAAACCCCUGCGGGGGGAUCAAGGUGGCCGCUGAGCGGGCUCGGGACGAGUCCAUUAAGUUGUUUGCGGUAGCGACGUCCAUGAACCUCGAUGAAAUUGGCCUCAGAGAGAUUGCAAACUCGCCAGCUGGGGUUUACCGCAGCGACUACAUGGCUGUCAGUCUCACCGGAGCUCGACCUCUCAUCUUAACCGAGACCAUUGACCGUAUCUACGACACAAUGCUUCAUCUGGCAUACCAAGAGUGCUACAGUCUCAGGUGCUUGGAAACUCCUGGACCUCCAGGACCCGCUGGGUAUAGAGGACAAAAAGGUGCUAAAGGAGACCACGGUGUAUCUGGUCAUAAAGGUGAAAGGGGUCGCCCUGGUGACCCUGGUAUCGAGGGUCCCAUUGGUCACCCUGGACGAAAAGGAGAACGUGGUCUGAAAGGUGAAAAGGGAGAUAUCGGCACCCAAGGGAAGAAGGGAGUUGAGGGGUUGGCUGGACGCAAUGGCACAGAUGGUCAGAAGGGGAAAAUUGGCCGCAUUGGGGCCUCGGGCUGUAAAGGAGACCCUGGUGACAAGGGUCCUGAUGGCUAUGCAGGAGAUGUAGGAGACCCUGGUCAGCCAGGGGCCCCUGGAGACAAGGGAGAUCCAGGUCGUCCCGGGAGACCAGGACCCCCAGGCCCAGCUGGAGAACCUGGCGCCAAAGGUGAGAGAGGAAGUCCGGGAACACCUGGCUUUCCAGGGCAGAAGGGGUCUACUGGAAUGGCAGGAAGCCCUGGACCUAAAGGGGACCCUGGUAGAAGAGGAGACCCUGGGCCAAAGGGGAGCUCGGGACAAGAUGGAGCAAAAGGAGAAAAGGGCGAACCAGGUCCGGAAGGCUUACGGGGACUUGCAGGAGAAGAUGGAAACAAAGGUGCUAAGGGGGAUCAAGGACUUCCAGGACCAAGAGGCUCACCAGGUGUUCGAGGGGAGCCCGGGAGAAAUGGUAGCCGUGGCGAUCCCGGAGAAGCAGGCCCCAGAGGUGACCCGGGCCCCCCUGGCGCAAGUGGAGAUACUGGCAGACAGGGAUUCAGCUAUCCAGGACCGAGAGGACCAACGGGUGACAGGGGAGCGAAAGGCAGAUCUGGACCCAGGGGAAGCAGAGGGGACUGUGGACAGAAGGGAGAACCGGGAGAGAAGGGCCCAACAGGAGAACCUGGAGAACCUGGACCCCAAGGUGAGCCUGGACCAAGAGGGCCCAGAGGAGACCCGGGAAGAGACGGUGAUCCAGGACCUGAAGGAGAUCCAGGACUCACUGAAUGUGAUGUGAUGAGCUACAUCAGAGAGACCUGUGGGUGCUGUGACUGCGAGAAGAGAUGUGGCGCCUUGGACAUUGUGUUUGUGAUCGACAGCUCAGAGAGUGUUGGGCUAACCAACUUUACGCUGGAGAAGAACUUUGUCAUCAACACCAUCAACCGACUGGGCUCGAUGGCGAAAGACCCCAACUCCGAGACAGGAACACGGGUUGGCGUGGUGCAGUACAGCCACAGCGGGACCUUCCAGGCCAUUCAUCUUAACGACUCCAAGAUCGACUCAUUGUCGGCCUUCAAAGAUGCCGUGAAGAAGCUGGAAUGGAUCGCUGGUGGCACCUGGACUCCCUCCGCCCUGAAAUUCGCCUACGACAACCUGAUCCGUGACAGCCGACGCAGCAGGGCGAAGGUGACCGUGGUGGUGAUCACCGACGGCCGCUUCGACCCCCGGGACGACGACAAGCUGCUCAACUAUCUCUGCACGAACAAUAGCGUCGAUGUGAACGCCAUCGGGAUCGGAGACAUGUUUGAGCAGCCUGAGGAGAACGAGAGUCUGAAGUCCAUUGCCUGUGAGGAGCAGGGAAGGGUGACAGGAAUGAGACGAUUUGCCGACCUGGUGGCAGAGGAAUUCAUUGACAAAAUAGAGACUGUGCUCUGCCCCGAUCCAGUGAUUGUCUGUCCUGAUCUUCCGUGCAAAUCGGAUGUGACACCCCAGUGGAAUGGGUACCCCUUACAUGGACCGUUUGCAGAAGAGGGGACGGAGAAUCCUGUCCCGAGCACUGUACUGAGCAUCUCAAAAUUACUCAACUCCCUACAGGAGGCCAAGCACCCUGAAACCUACACCAGGGCUGUAGCCACCAUGGCCUACACAGCCCAGAGAGCCAAGUUUGCCAUCGGACCAGAAAAACAGCAGUGGACCGAUCUGUUCAUUGACUCUUUCAGAGUUGUCUAUGGCGACCUAUUGGGCGACCCCAACAAAGCUCUGGGGUUAUGUUAGGGCACGCUGGCUCUGGAUUCGGCCCGAUUCGGCACUUAAACAAUGGCUGUGGCUUUAAGCUUUUGAUAUUAAAAAUUGGUUGCUCUUGGCCUCUCUGUAGAACUAUACUUAUAUAGUAUAUAAACACAUAGUUACUAAAACCUCUAAAGGCUAGCUGGUCUUAGCAUGAUAGAACUAGAACUAAACUGUUAGAACUAUCCUAAUUUGAUAAGUAACUUUAUUCUGAACGGGCUAUAUUAAUGGACAAAAGUUUAAAAAACAAAACAAAAAACCUCAUAUUGGCCAGUUGGAUGACCACUGCUUUUCUGACUCGGAGAAGACCAUAAGACCAUGCGAGAAACACAACCCUCUUCCUUCUGACCUCUCCUGCUGCUUUGUUUCCUCAGCACAGUCUUCUCGAACGAGACAAACGGCGGAGUUAAUGAAUCCUGAUGGACUGUGGGUCACAUUGCUUAUGCAGUAUACUUCUACUAGCCUGUGCUAAGCUGCUUGAAGUCUCAAGACACGGGAGGUUGUAAUAUUUGAUUCGAUCGUCACAGUAUUGACACAGAAGGAGAUGUCUCACAGCUGGGAAUAAUCAGCUCUGAUCACACAAACUCAGACUGCAAAUAUUUAUUUUAUGGUGAACUAUCCGGUUUAUUUUUAAUCGUGCGUUACGGUUUUGCACUUUGCACAUUCCAAAAUCUCAGAUUUUUGGGCCGAGAAGCUUCGAUAGAAUAGCACAUAUUUACACGCAUCAUCCACAGUGGUUACUCAGAAGCCAAAGGAGAUCUCUCACAUCAAACAGCAUGGAUGGUGAAAGCUCCGUGCAGUCACGGUGUGCUAGAGAUGGUGUGGUGGUGGCUUAUUAUCUGGUGUCAUCGGUAUUUAAUCAUCUACUAACAAGUUUUCGAGUUUGGAACCGUACCAUGUAUUCAAUUGCAGCACACUAAAUACUUUAGUCCUACAUUCCAAAACACACCGUGUAGAGUGGGAGAAGCGCUCAGAGAACAUGCACAGUUAGAUUUGAAUACUGUGUGUAAGUUUCAGGUAUUGUCUACAAAUUGUAGGUAAUGGUUAGCAAAGCAUUUCACUGGGAACGAACGGUAAAUACACAAAUCUAUUCAUUAACGAGAAGAAAUGAGAGAAACUCAAAGAAAAUAUGGAAUGUUUUUAAAAAAAAUAAUUCUGUGUAUGAAAAUGGUGAAAGCAGGAAUGCUGUGAAUGCAAACUGGCUGUAAUGUGGCUGUUUUAUGUAAUAGUGUUGUAUAUUAGGAAUGUGAUUCAAAACGACAGCUCUAGGACCGCAAUGACUACAUCCUGGAUAAGGUGGCAUUAAUGCUGUCUCGCAUCCAUUAAACACGUGUAACAAA